UAAAUAUCUUUGUACUUUUUUUUAUAUAAAAACAUGACCAUAAUACUAAAUAUCAUAAGAUUUUGGUGCACAUUCCCCCCGCAUACACCUUUGCCCCAGUGCUUUGGACUUGUUUGACCGUUAGGCGCACUGACAGCGCGACAAACCCACCGUGACCACUGAAACUCGGUGUUUUCUUUACCCGCUCGUCGUAUUUGUUCGCCUAAAUGCACCGCACACGACGCUGUAACCGAGCGGGUCCCGGGCGGGUUGGGGUUUCGGGGCUCCCGGCGUGAGGGAACAGCCUCUUCCCGCGGCGCUGCUCGUCCGUCAAAGGUAGCAUUGUGUCCGGUCUGGCAUCCGCCGAGGGCUGCUGCGGACAGGACGGAGGGAUUCGUGUGAGCCGAGCGGUCAGCCCAGGCUCCCGUUUGGGCUGGAGCUGCAGGUUACAGACGUGGUGGGAAAUUAAAUUCAUAAAGACAUCAACUAAGUUUCUCCGCAGAUCGUUGACGGGCGGUCUCCAGUCCCCCCGUCAUGUUUGGCCCGAUCCGACGUCAGACUCCGUUGAAGCCGAUGCGUCCCUAACCGCGCCCGCAUGGAGCUUCUGGGUUUCUUUUAGCCCCGCAGCAAAACCGAGCCUCCACGUCCCCCGGUCCGUGCAUGAGAAAACACGCAGGUAUCUGUUAUAAUCUGCCGCCAUGGCAACGCUGUGCAGACGCCCUGCGAAAUCAUAAGUCUGUUGCUAUGGUGACUCUGUAGCAAGCAGCUGUCACUAUGGGAACAUCCAGGAUGUUCCGCAUUUUCGUGGUUCUGGGCUCGGCUUUCAUGAUCCUCCUAAUCAUCAUCUACUGGGACGACGUGGGAGCCACCCACCUCUACCUGCACACCCCGGUGUCCCUGGGCCCCAAGAUCCCCCACCCGCAGCCCCCCCAGUCGAGGCCCCACACCACCCGGACCCCGUCCUUCCUGUCCGACAUCGACGCCUUCGUCAACCAGUUCCUGGAGCCCGGAACCGGGGAGCCCACGGACACGGUGCCGGUGGACUCCAGCAACCAGUCGGAGAAGUCAGAGGAGCGCUACGUCCCCCGGAGGGAGUGGAAGAUUCACCUGACGCCGGUUGCCGCGGAGCUACGGGAGAGACAGGAAAAGAGGCGAAGGUUACUCCAGGAGGUCUGCGCCAACGACAGCGUGCCGUUUCCGGGCAAAAACCGUUCGUUUGAUGACAUUCCUAACAAGGAGUUGGAUCAUCUCAUUGUGGAUGACAGACACGGCAUUAUCUACUGCUAUGUUCCCAAGGUGGCGUGCAGCAACUGGAAGCGCAUCAUGAUCGUCCUCAGCGAGAGCCUGCAGCAGGACGGCGCUCCUCAGAGAGACCCUCUGGCCAUCCCCAGGGACCUGGUCCACAACAGCAGCAUGCACUUUACCUUCAACAAGUUCUGGAAGCGCUACGGCAAGUUUGCAAAGCACCUCAUGAAGGUGAAGCUGAAGAAGUACACAAAGUUCCUGUUCGUGCGGGACCCGUUUGUGCGUCUCAUCUCCGCCUACAGGAACAAAUUUGAGAUGCGCAACGAGGACUUCUACCGGCACUUUGCACAAGUCAUGCUGCGCCGCUACGCCAACCAGCCCACGCCUCCCGCCUCCGUGGACGAGGCCUUUGCUCUGGGUAACCGCCCGUCCUUCUCCCACUUCACCCAGUACCUCCUGGACCCGCAGACCGAGAAGGACGUGCCCUUCAACGAGCACUGGCGGCAGGUGUACCGCCUCUGCCACCCGUGCCAGAUCCAGUACGACUUCGUGGGCCACCUGGAAACGGCAGAGGAGGACGCCGAGCACCUGCUGCGCCUGCUGCGGGUGGACAAUGUGGUGGAGUUCCCCACCUCGCAGAGGAACCUGACAGCGAGCAGCUGGGAGACGGACUGGUUCGGUCCGGUGCCUGUGGAGGCACGCCGGCAGCUCUACAAGCUCUACGAGCCCGACUUCCGGCUUUUUGGUUACGACAGGCCAGAGUCCAUCCUCAAUGAGUGAUUCACGCAAACGCACAGGCGAAAUGUAGUUUUUAAAAUCACAACAGCGGGCGCCGCACCCCCAACGGCCAGCGAGAGGCGUCACACACACCUUCUCCCGCCGUGUCUUUGCUGGACUGAAUGUGCACAUGAUUAGACACACUCAUGGAGUCAUUUCUGCCUCAUUAAACCACAGAAGAAG